AUGGCCUGCCCAAUAACUGUGACUAAGUUCGUUGGGACCGUUUCCCUCGGUCUCCUGACGGGCAUGUCUUAUUCUACCGCCUCAAUCACUAUCCCGGCCCUUAAGCUCCUCCCCUCAUCUACCGCCGCCUCUCGCUGCCUCAACGAAGUGAAGCGCCUAAACCGCAAGCAUGCGCUCCGUCUCUCUAGCUUGACCAACACCUGUAUUCUCUUUGCCUACUCCAUUUCUCCUCCUCGCCGUCAGCACCCCUAUCUCGUAUGGAUGUGCGCUUUCUCAACACUUAGCUCUUAUGGCCUUGACCUGUUCUUCAACAGACACAUGGGGCUCAAGAACUGGGCUUUCGCCGUCAUCCAAGACACCACUGGCCUCAGUCUCGGUCUCCCAGCUAACACAAAGAAGGAUGACGACCUAGUGAUGGUCGAUGCCGAGGAGGAUGUCAAUGGUGAGAGCGUGCAGCGUGAGAUGGACCGGGAGCGUCGGCUGCAACGUGCGCGGGCCUGGCUGGCUGGACUUGCGCUGUCGAUGGGCAUUGUUGGUCUGUGGGGAGACAAGAAGUGA